AUGGAUCAACAGUUCUGGGAUGGCACUGUCGAGUUCUUCAAGACACUACUACUCAAACAUAAUGGAUACAUUCCAGAGAUAUGUUUCCAUCAAAUAUCAAGACAACUCAAUCAACUACAAAACAUACCAAUCACUGAACUUAAGAUAUUCUGGAUUGAUCGCAAUGAUAUACAAUCGAGAGAUCCCAUCCAACCGGGAAUUUUCCCGUCAACAUUGACCAAACUAUACUUGUUAUCCCACCAUAUCUUCGAACCAUGCUUCGACCUGACCUACCUACGAUCACUCACGACCCUCCGAUAUGUCAGUGAUCAGCCUUCUAUUGGGGCUGGCCUUCCAGAAUCUCUAACCUCACUUAGUGUGGGAUCACUUAUCAUCCAGCCCAGUCUCAACCUCCCUCCAAGCAUCACUCAUCUGGUCGUCCAUGGAGAGAGUUCGCCCCUCCAGGUCCAACAGCCUCAAUCAUUGAGGUCAAUGAUCAUCAACUCGUCAUCAAACAUAUCAACUCAAGGCUACACCGAUCUAAGACAGAUCAAUAUUGGUUGCCUUGACGACAAUGACCUCGUACACUUCACAUCGGACACACUUCCAUCACUAUAUAGCAUGGAUGUUGGAUUCAAGGACAAUGGCCUUGCCCCAAUCCAACUUAGGUCCCUCCCUGUAUCUCUUCGAAGACUUAGAAUGGUGACUCAGCGACCAAUCGUCUCCCUUCCAAGUGGCCUUGAAUGGCUCGAAAUUACCUUUCUAAGUCCAUUGCAAUAUCUCUCCAGUAUAAAAUGGCCGAGCCCAUCACGGAUCGGAACACUGAGAUUGCACUCAUACUGUCACGAGAGAUUUGUCGAUAUUCCCUGGUCGGUGACAUCACUGAAGAUCUACUCACAGAUGAAAAGAGUAACAUUAUUGAAGUCUACGAUCAAGAAGUUAUUGUUAGACCGCGGUUCGACAGGGCGCUACGCACCUGAGCCACGUGUCAUUGUUCAUCGGACCAAACAACAAAACUUGGAAAUCAUUCAGAAUCUACCGUUGGACAUCCAGCGACUUCAACUACACAUUGGACAUGGCAAAGAACGGUUGUUUGAUCUCUUGAGGAUCACUCCAACAUUGUUCUUCAAAACUGAUCCGAACCUUGUGCGUUCUGGCUUCAUUGACUUGGAAACACUCAAAUCACUCAAUACAUAG